GAAGGGAGGAGGCACCAGAAUUUUCUGCUAUACUUGCUUCUGAGCAAAAGUUGCUGAAAUGGCUUAUAGAGAAGACAAGUUAGUCUACGUGUGUUCUGGCUAACCACCAGUUCCCUUGGAACCUGGUGAAAGCUGCCUUCUUUAGCCAGAACCCGUGGGCUCCUUGUCUCACAGGAGAAGAUAGAAUAUGCAACAAAGAAGUUCUAACUUCUGGUCAAGGAUCUAGGAAAUAAAAAGAAGGAUUCUAUUUCAUGUGGCAAAUUUGUGUACUAUACCUCCAGUGCAACAAUCCUGUUGAAAAAUUUUUCCCUGUUGUGUCUUGUCUCUUUUGUCUUUGAGCUAGACACAGCUAAGAAAGCAACUGGUUUGCGAGUUGAUGCAGCCUGUAUUGAGUGGAGAAAUGCAGCCCCCAUCCAUUUCAGUGGAAGGAAGUGCCUUCUUAAUAGGCGCUUCUAACUCUCUAGUGGCAGAUCACUUGCAAAGAUGUGGCUAUGAGUAUUCACUUUCAGUUUUCUUUUCGGAAAGUGGCUUGGCAGAAGAAAAGGUAUUGACUAUGCAGGAUCUAUUACAACUCUUUAAAAUUAACCCUGAAUCCAGUCUCUACAAGUCACUGAUUUCAGGAUUUGACAAAGAAAACAAAAAAGGUUUUCUCGUGGAAUUUUUAAAAGAGAUGGCAGAAUAUCAUCAGGCUAAAGAGACUUGUGACAUGAACACUCAGACAAAUCCAACAUUUCCUAGCAAAGACUCUCUUGCUGAGAAGUUUCAGGAUAUUGAUGAUCAGUUUGCACGUGCUUACCCUCAGUGUCCAAAGUUAGAAUCUUUAGAAAUGAAGUUAAAUGAAAAGAGAGAAAUAGAACAGCAACUUCAGGCAGAGAUGCAUGAAAGGAGGGAAAUAAGAGGAAUUUAUGCUCAGAGGCAGCUUCUACUAAAAGAUAUAAGAGGCAGAGAAGCAGAGCUGAAGCAAAGAAUUGAAGCUUUUGAAUUGGCCCAGAGGUUACAAGAAGAAAAAGAUAAAAGCCUGGCUGAUGCACUUAGGAUACGGGAGUUGAAUAUAAAGAGCCUGGAGGAGACCUAUGACCAGAAGCUCAAGAAUGAAAUUCUAAAGUAUCAACUUGAGCUGAAGGAUGACUACAUUGCCAAAACUAACAGACUGGUUGAAGAGGAAAGGAAGAUUAAAGCUGUACUUGUGCAAGAGCAGCCCACAACUGUUAAUUCAAGAAAGGAAGAACUCAGUCAUCCUGCAAACCAUGUGAAAGAACUUGAGCUUGAGCUCGAGUCUCUCAAGGCCCAGUCUUUGGCGAUAACAAAGCAAAACCACCUGCUGAAUGAAAAGAUAAAAGAGAUGAGUGACUAUUCACUGCUAAAAGAAGAGAAACUAGAGCUUCAGACACAAAAUAAAUUACUUAAACAACAAUUGGAAGAGAGCAGAAAUGACAACUUUCAUCUCUUAAACCCUCAGCCAUCUCCUGAGCUGCUAAAUUCUCAGAAACAAUUAAAGAAAGCAGGAACUGCUAACGUGUUGGAGCAUAAGGAAUUCGAAACCCACAAGGAAGCUCUGCACAAACAGCUGCAAAGUGAAAUUGAGCAUUCUGCAAAGCUGAAGGCCCAAAUAUUAGAUUAUGAUGCCUCUGUAAAGACAUUAACUAUGCAGGUGGCUGAUUUAAAAUUCCAACUGAAACAAACCCAGACAGCGCUGGAGAAUGAAGUAUACCGCAAUGCAGAAACGUCUCUGUUCCCUCGUUCUGCCAUCAAAUUGAUGGUAUCUUCUGACAGUGAAAUAAGCAGGGAUUUCCUGAAAAAUCUCAAACAGGAGAAGCUGAUGUCAGGCACAGUCACACCAAAAAUCACAAAUUAUCCAUGUGCAAACACGGAUGCUAGCUCCCCUGAUUCUGACCUUGAGUUUAUAGCCACCACCAAGGCAAGAAUGAAAGAACUAGAGCAGGAGGCCAAAUGUUUAGAAAAAGCUUUCCUUGAUUACCAUCAGAGAGUUAGUCAGUACCCUGCCACUAGAACACCACUAGCAUCCAAGAACCCACCACCUGUGCACAUGCAUGGACCUCUCAAGAACAUGACUUCAAGUUCCUCGGAAAGGCAUAGCCUUGCAGAGGAAGGGGCUGUACCCAAGCAGCUUCCGGUGGGUAACAUGGCAGAAGUGUUGGGCAAAAUAGCCUCAUGGAUCCACAGAGGUACUGGCAGAUGCCUCUCUUCCACUCCCAUAGAGAAAGCUAAACAAAGUGUUGAUGGUGAAAUGCAUCUGGAAGGUCUAGCCCAAUUCCACGUUGCUGCCACUAGUCCUUCUGAAAGAAUGCGCCAGCCUUUACCAACUGAGUGUAGGCACAGCCUUUCCAUUCAUUCACUCUCUGGCCCUCUGGAGCGGAAGGCUGACUUUUAUCAGAGAAAAACUGAACUUCAAGACAGAAAUGAAUUUUUAAUUUUGGACAAACUAUCUUAUAAGGCUAAUGAGGAAUUAGAAUCAUCAUUUCAAUGCGUAGAUGAGAAAGAAAUUGGAGAAGAGAGUGAAGAAGAAAGAAUAUGGAAUUUGCUGAAAGAAAAGCACAGAGAGCAAAGAAGGCAGAGUGAACAUGAAGCUUUAGAAAGGAAACGAAGAGAUCUAGAAAAACUGGAUCAAGAAAGGCGGAUUAUUGAAGAGUCUUUGAAGACUGAAAUGGAGAAAGAGUCAGAAAGCUCAAUAAAGAGUGUCAGAGAAGGUUCACAAGUGGACACACUGCCCUCCAGUGACAAAGAUGAGAGUUUCGCAGGUCUUUCUCAUGAAGAACCAGACGACUUUUGUUAACCACAUGUGCCGCCCAGGUUCCUUCUCAUAUAACUCAA